AUGAAGCCCCUGACAGUGGCUCUGGACAUCUUACAAGGGGAUGAGUGCACCUACGGGGCUUUACUGCCAACACUCACAAGCCUGAUGUCAAAGAUGAAAGAUGACCUCUCUAGAAUGACAGCCAGCCUUCCAGAUGUCAUUGUAAAGGCCAUCAAGACUCGUUUUGAUGCUGUUCUGGACAGCCAAGAAGGACUUCUCGCAGCGGCCACUUGUCCCAAGUUUAAACUUCGUUGGCUGAGAGAUGAGCGUAGGAGAGAGUAUGUGAAGGAGCUCCUGAUAACAGAGUGUCGUAAAGCUGCUCCUGCAACUGAGAACACUAAUGUGUCCCAAAUCCCAGCCAGCCCAGCCGAAAUGGACUUUUUUGAAUUUCAGAAUCAGCCCACAGAAAGCUUCUCAGCAGAAAAAGAAGUAACUGACUUUUUAAGGUCAGGCUAUGAGCUUGAGAUUCUGAAUCAGUUCCCAAAUCUCAAAAAGAUGUACAUGAAAUACAACAGUCCAACUCCAUCCAGUGCACCAGUGGAACGGCUGUUCAGUUUAGGUGGAUUGGUGCUUUCCCCAAAAAGGAACAGAAUGUCUGAUAGAAGGUUUGAGAAGCUUCUGCUGAUGCGAUAUAACAGAGCGUUCUCACUCCCGAGGCGUAAAGACUGUGUGAUAGAGAUUGCCCCCAAAAAUCACGUUCAGAUAGAGUUAUGA